AUGCACCAAGAAAUUCUGCAAGAGUUGUCUAUUCUGUUGGCAGCUACUGUCCGAGAAAGAGACGAAGCAAGCGAACGUGUUCGAUACUUACUCGCCGAAGUCGCUCAACUACAGAAACUCAUCAACAACAUUUUGUUGUUAGACGGACAACAAGUAUCCCAUUAUUAUUAUCCCAUGGAGGAAACUAACCGUCAUCACAUCUCCGGCGAAUCUCAGUCGCCAUUCUUCGUCGCAUCGCCGCUGGAAGUUGUUGUCUCGGAUCCAGCUGGUAUUUCCUCGCCGGCGAUCUCCGAUGCUGGUUCUCACAGCUACUCAUCGAAUCAGAUGGGGUUUGAUGGACAGAACGGGAAAGAUUUUGAGACUAUCGUGCUGGAGACGAUCGGACACGGAGGAGUGUUGCCGGAGAACGGUAAGUUUUUGCAAGCUGUGAAUGAAGCUGGACAGGUGCUUGAGUCACUGAUCAGAACCGGCCGGGUUCCGAAAUGGAGAAACCCUCCGGUUCGAGUGUCUGGUCAAAGACCGGUCGUUGAUAAUAAUAAUAUCAGGCAUUCAAGAACCGGAAACUGGAUCUCUGGUGGUUCGGAGUUGGGUUCGGGGAAGUUAAACCGGUCUUUCCCAUGCAAAAAGGCACGGUUCAGCUUGAUGUCUUAA